GGCCGCCAUCAGGGACUCGCAGGCAAUGGGGUCUACGACAGAUAUCAUCUCUUCUUUUGAUCACUGUUCCUGAUUGUGACAUUGUCCAAGCAUUAAAUUGUGUGCCUUUUGUCCCUUGAAAAAAAGCUGGUGCUAUCAACCCCCUGCUCUGUCUGGCCUCUGGGCCCAGCUCAAAGCUCUGGAUUCAUUUCCUUCCUCCUCAUACCUCAACCUGAGCCUUUGUCACCCAAAGGUCUCCACCCGAUCUUCCACUCAAGCCUCACGUUUUCUCCCAAGAUGAAGAAACUAAAACACAGAGAUUGAGACUUGUCUAAAGUAACAUGACCAAUGAGGAAACUGAGGUGCAGAGAAGUUGAAGCUUUCCCAGUGUCACAGAGCUUGCAUUUCCUGACUUCCAGAUUAGUGUUAUUUUUACUUCAAUCCGUAACUUCUUGGUGAGUUAAUGUGGGAAAAAUCCUGGUAUUUUGAAGAUGUCUUGGCACAGUAUUGUUUCCUGUUUAAAUUACAAAUAACUUCAAGAGUUUUCAGGAAAAAAAAAUUGGAACUUUUUUGUUAAAUCAUGCCAUCUGAACAGAAACAGUUAUUUUGUGAUGAAAAAGAAACUACUUUAAACAAAGAUUAUGAUGUCAAAAAUGAGAUAGUUGAUACUAUUAGACCAGUACCCAAACCAAAAAUUUCAGAAAGUAGUUUUCAUUAUGAACUAAAAAAUGUAAAAAUUGAUUUGCCGAAGAUAAAUAUUCCAAAUGAAGUCCUAUUGAAACAUGAAGUUGACAAAUACAGAAAAUUAUUUCAGAGUAAACCACAGACUGCAAGAAAAUCUAUCAGUAUAAAGACUAUAAGCUGUAUAGAGGAGUGUAUAUUGCUUCGUAAAUCUGAGAGAGCUGAAGAAGAAAGUAUUAAAAUGUCUGCAAAAAUACUCAAUUUCAACUGUCUAAAAUGCCGAGACAGCACUCCAUAUAGCCCAAAUGAUUUGCAGAAACACUUUCAAAUGUGGCACCAUGGUGAAUUACCUUCAUAUCCUUGUGAAAUGUGCAGUUUUUCAGCAAAUGAUUUCCAGGUAUUUAAACAGCACAGACAAACCCAUAGAAGCACUUUAGUAAAAUGUGACAUUUGUAACAAUGAGAGUGUAUAUACUUUACUGGACUUGACAAAACAUUUUGCAUCCACACAUCGUGUUAAUGGUAAUUUUCAAUGUGAAAAGUGCAAAUUCUCCACCCAAGAUGUUGGCACAUUUGUUCAGCACAUUCAUAGACAUAAUGAAAUUCAUUAUCAAUGUGGUAAAUGCCAUUAUGUAUGUUUCACCAAAGGAGAGCUUCAGAAGCACCUUCAUGUUCAUUCCGAUACUUUUCACUUCACUUGUCAAUAUUGUAGCUAUGGUGCCACCAGGAGAGAGCACCUUGUAAGACAUGUUAUAACUUUGCACAAAGAACAUUUAUAUGCAAAAGAAGAACUGGAAAAAGACAUAUAUGAAAAAACAAUGGCAAAGACUUCAGCAGGACUUAAGCUAAUACUGAAAAGAUGCAAAAUAGGUGCUUCAAGAAAGACAUUCUGGAAACGUAAGAGAAUUAACGAUGGAAGUGACAGAAGUACAGAAAAAAACACUCAAGUGCUUAAAGAAAUGAACACAACACAGACUAAAUCUGAAGACCAGAGCAGUCUUGUUCAAGAGCAUUUAAAGGAAGAAAAGGAUGAACGACUACACUGUGAGAAUAAUAAACCUGCUGAGUCAGAGCCAGAAAAGCCAACUCUUUUGUCUUCUGAGCAGUCUAACAGAGCUGAAGAGGGAUCAAAUACUACUUUAGGUUUCUUGAAGAUUCCUGUACAAGGACCUACAGUGUUAAUGGUGAAAAAUAAUAAAAUAACAAUUCCCGCUAACUACAGUGCUAAGUUUAUGGGUUUCAAGAUGGUGGAUGGAAAACAGCAUAUUGUAAUAAAAUUGUUGCCUACCAAUAAACAGAAUUUAUAUUCACCUGGCUCACAGUCAGAUGCUGCAAAGGACAGUCCUGGUAACUUACAGCCCCAGACAUUGGACAUCACUGGAAUUUUAACAGGAUUAACGACAGAGUUAAGUGACACAGUUUUUAUGAAAGCAACCAGUCCAAUUUCAUGUUCAUCUCGUAUACUUUCAGGGAAAAUAAUUUCAGAAAAAGAAAUGGCUUUGAUAUCUCAAAAGAAUAAUAUGCUUCAAACAGUGGAUUAUGAUAAAAGCCUAUCUUCUUUGCCAGCAACAUCAGAAUUGGUUACAGCAUCAGCGAAUUUGACCACAAAAGUUGAAACAAGAGAUAAUGUUGACUUAUGGGGAAAUCAUAUCACUCAGAGAUACCCUGAGGUAGUAGGUUCCACCACUAAAAGUCCAGAUAAAGUCAUCUAUACUACCAAACCAAGUGCAUACAACAGCGGAGAUAUGCAUAACUAUUGUGUUAAUUAUGUCAACUCUGAGUUACCUGUUGAAUCCUCCAACCAAGGAUCAUUACCUUUUCACAAUUACUCAAAAGUGAAUAAUUCUAAUAAACGACGUAGGUUUUCAGGAACAGCGAUGUGUGAAAACCCUCAGAGAGAAUCUUCAUCAAGCAAAACUGUUGUUCAGCCACCAAUUAGUGAAUCAGUUUUAUCACUAGUGAGGAAGGAGAGCUCAAACCCAGAUAGCCUGUUAGCAUCUAUUAGCCUUUUAAAUGAUAAAGAUGGAACUUUAAAGACGAAAGCUGAAAUUGAAGAACAGUGUGUUUUAGAAACAGGACAAAACAUUGAUGGACAAAACCUGUACACUAAUGAAAAUCAAAAUUUAGAGAGUGUGACUGAGAAAUCUCAAUGGAAUGACAUUUCUAGUGUUGAUUCACCUAUGAUGCCUAGAAUCACGUCUGUUUUCUCUCUCCAGAGCCAACAGGCAUCAGAAUUUUUGCCACCUGAAAUAAACCAAUUACUUCAAGAUGUAUUAAAAAUAAAGUCUGAUGUAAAACAAGACUCUAGUAAUAUUCCAAAUAAAGGAGUACCACUUCAUUGUGACCAGUCAUUUCAGAAACAUGAAGGAGAAGGCAAAAUGGUUGAAUCUUCAAAAGACUUCAAAGUGCAGGGUGUCUUCUCAGUUCCGUCUGGCAGUGUGGGUAUUAAUGUGCCUACAAAUGAUCCGAAUUUAAAAUAUAGUGGAAAAGAAAAACAAGUACUAUCAAUGUCACAAGAUGUGAGAGAUUCAGAGAGGACACCUAGAAUUUCAGGUAUUGGCACAUUACUUAAGACUCAGUCAGAUGCAAUAAUAACACAACAGCUUGUAAAAGACAAACUACGAGCCACUACACAAAGUUUAGGUUCUCUAUAUGUGCAGAGCCCAAUUCUAAAUUCAGAGCAAAAAAAACCUAUAUUUGUUCAGACUCCAAAAGGUUUUUUUGUACCAUUGCAUGUUGCCAACAAGCCUGGAUUACACGUUGUUUCAGGAAGACCACUUCCAUUGGUUAAUACACAAGGUGUACCUGCUUCUCUUCUUUUAAACAAGAAACCUGGGAUGAUUUUAACAUUCAAUAAUGGGAAACUUGAAGGUGUACCAGCUGUCAAAACUGAGAGUGCUCAAGCUUGUGGAACUGUAGCUAAGGAGCCUUCCAAAACACCCUUCUUAAAGUUGGAACCAAACAAUAAUUGUCUCACACCUGCACUUUGUUCCAGCAUUGGCAGUUGUUUGAGUAUGAAAAGUAGCUCAGAAAAUACUCCCCCAUUAAAAGGGCCUUACAUUAUUAAAACGUCGUCAGCAGGUUCUUCUGUGAAAACUGUUCCUACUCCUAUGCUAUCUGAGCACCAGGGCACUAAGGUGAAUAUCUUGGAUUCAGUAAAACAGCAGAACGAGAUUUUUCCGAAACCACCUCUUUAUACCCUCUUGCCUGAUGGCAAACAAGCUGUCUUUUUCAAGUGUGUGAUGCCAAAUAAAACUGAGCUGCUUAAGCCUAAAUUAGUCCAAAAUAGUACUUAUUAUCAAAACAUACAGCCAAAGAAACCUGAAGGAACACCACAAAGAAUAUUGUUGAAAAUUUUUAACCCUGUUUUAAAUGUGACUGCUGCUAAUAAUCUGUCAGUAAGCAACUCUGCAUCCUCAUUGCAAAAGGGCAGUGUACUGUCUGAUCAGAGUAUAGGAGUGCAGAAAGAGCCAGAAUCUUCUAGAGAUGCCUUACCCUUCAUACUAGAUGAUUUGAUGCCAGCAAAUGAAAUUGUGAUAACUUCUUCUGCAACAUGCCCAGAAUCUUCUGAGGAUCCAGUAUGUAUCAGUGACCGUUCAGAGACAAGGGUAUUAAGGUGUAAAACAAAUUGUACAAUUGAGCGAAGUUUCAAUAGAAAAAAAACUACCAAAAAAAAUUUUUCAAAAAUAAAAACUCAUGUAAGAAAUAAAGAUUCUGAAACUGACUUUGUAUCUAGAAACAGAAACUGUAAACGAAAGUGUAGGGAUAGUUACCAAGAACCUCCAAGAAAAAAAGCAACUUUGCAUAGAAAGUGUAAAGAAAAGGCUAAAUCUGAAGACGUCCAUGAAACUUUUGGAUUUAACAGACCUAGGCUUUCAAAAGAUUCAGUCAGAACUUUGCGGCUUUUCCCUUUUAGUUCCAAACAGCUUGUGAAAUGUCCUAGAAGAAACCAACCAGUUGUAGUUUUGAAUCAUCCUGAUGCAGAUGCACCAGAAGUAGUAAAUGUAAUGAAAACUAUUGCUAAAUUUAACGGACACGUACUUAAGGUUUCAUUGUCAAAAAGAACUAUCGAUGCUUUACUGAAACCAGUUUGUUGUAACCCUUCUAAAACAACUUACUAUGAUUUUUCCAAGAGGCACAAAACAUUUAAACCUGUCAGUUCUGUGAAAGAAAGAUUUGUGCUAAAGUUAACACUCAAAAAGACAAGCAAAAACAACUAUCAGAUUGUGAAAACUACCUCUCAAAAUGUUUUGAAAGCUAAAUUUAACUGUUGGUUUUGUGGUAGAGUAUUUGACAAUCAGGAUGCUUGGGCUGGUCAUGGACAGAGACAUUUAAUGGAAGCUACUCGGGACUGGAAUAUGUUAGAAUGAUUUGCCAUAAUUACCAGGGAAAAGUAAAAUUACCUUAGAAAACAAUGGGUUGAAUUAGCAUAAUGCAGACAUUUUGUACUUUGAUAUAGUACCUGUAAUUAAACAUUUCAAAAGUUGAUUAUGUUUCCAUGGAAGAGCAAAAGUUUUAUGGGUGGUAUUUGAAAAUGCUAUCACUGCAUACAUACAUUUUGAAAGAAACUAAUCUCAGCACAGAUAUACUUUGAUUUAAUUUUUCAAAAAUGUGUUCUUAGGAAGUUAGGGCUAAAGGAAAUUUUGAUAAAACUAUUUUCCCAAUUUAGUUGUUUAGUGAUUCUUAAUAGAGGGUAAUGGCUGUCACAGCCCCAUUCCCUCUCUUCUUCCACCAGCCUUAUGAAUCUGAUAAGUAUAGCUCCUCUGUAGAUGGAGAACUCUUUCAUGAUGAAACUGAAGGAGGUUCUCAUCAUUUGUGAAGAUAUACUGAGACCUUGGGUAAAUUAAUUACUGUACAUCUGCUAAAUAUAGUUCUUUUGAAGGUUAUUAAGCUCCUCUGAAAGUACAUUAAUCACUAUAAUUAUACCUUAUAUAAUGAUUGAAGAGUUUUUGGCAAGUAAAUCUUCUUUUCCUGUUAAGCUCUGCCCCAUGUCAGAGAUUGGAACACCCUCCCAGAGUGGUUUUCUUUUUCUAAAUGGUUAUGUCAAGCAUUGCAGUAGACGGGCAGCUUUGAGAGAAGAAUUAAAUAAGGUAUUUGUGUAGUUUAAAGUCUGGGAUUUGAGUAUAUUCUCCAAUGAUCCCCUUGUGCAGAACUAUGCUUAUCUGAAUUAAAUUGUUUUUUCUUCAUAAACCAAGUGGCCGUAUUUUUUCUUGCUUGCCACCCCUUUAAAAAGAGUGGACUAUAGAAGCACUUCCAAGGGAAUGGCUUUUCUUGAAAAUUAAAAAUUUUUCUACAGAAACAAUAUUUUGAAGCUAGUUUAGCAAAGCAAAUCAUAUGUUUGUCUGUUUAAUUACUACUGUUAUCUGAUCAUGUCCAAAUUAGGACAAACCAUUUUUGUUAGCAAUUUUUCAGUGUGACCGACAACCCAAAGUAGAUAUAUACUGAUUGUUGGCAUUUGAAAAUAGGGAAGCAUUAACAGUGGAUUCAGUGGUGGUGCAUAAAACUUUAGGACAGAUUCCUAAGGGAAAUGUCCGGCAGAGUUUAGGGUGUUUUCAUGACAACAACAGAAUCAUAGAUUUAAAUUUUUCACCUUGUAAGUUUGGAUCAAAUUUUGUUGGAUCAUUGGAUAAUGGAUUUCUUGUAUUACAAAGUUAUAUAUUAUAUGAUUUUUUGUUACAUUGUUACUACAAGUGUUAACAUUUUCAUUGAUUGGAUGAAAACUUCAGGGCUUCUUUUCUGUAUAUAACAAAGACAUUAAAUCUGUACAUAUUUUUGUACCUCUCAGUUAUGUAAAUUUUGCACAGAAAUUUUUUGACAUAAAAAGUUUAUUUUCUUUCAGUUUAGUUCUGUGCAUGCACUAAUAAACUGGUUGUUUAAUUUAAAAGGAAUAUAUGACUUUACCUAUGUUAUUUUCUUGGUUUUUAUUUCAGAUGUAAAUUUUUUUUUAGGUAAAUUCAUUUUUCAGGGAUUGAACACUAUUGUUAGCAAGUGCCUAAAAAGAUGUGAAACAGUUUACAUAUUUCAACUAUAACAGUAGGUCCCAAAUGGGCCCAUUCCCCUAAUAGUUUUAUUUUAAAGAAAGCCAUAUAUAGAUGCUUCAAGCUAUCUUGCUAUGCACAUUAUACUUGUACUGUUUUUGUGCAUUUUGUCUACUUUCUUAGUGAAGUAUUUUUUGUAUAAAACCUGUUACAAUUGUGUUUCUUAAAUUGAGCCGAAGAAUGGAGUUGAUUGAAAAUAUGCAGUAUAUAUUAAUAAUGUAUAUGGUGUUUAAAAGAAUGGUAAGCAUUGUUAAUUUCUGUAAUGAACAUUUUCUUCAAUUAAAUUUAUCUUAAGUUUGUGUUUACA